AAUUGUUUUUUUGUUUUUCUUCCAACCUUCCACAUUUAUAAUGAAAGAAAUAAAGGUGGUAGUAGGCCAUGGGCCAUGGCAAUCCACAUUCUUCACCCACCUUUUAUUCUUUUGCUGACUCUUUCUUCUUUUCUUCUUCUUUACUUCUUCAUUCAUAUCAUUUCUUUUUCUUCUUCUCAUUUCUUGGUUCUCCUCUUCAGGAAAGAAAGACCUUCUCUCUGGUGUGGAGGAUUUGCUUCACUUCAAUAAUGGGUUCUGGUUUUUGGUUUAAAGCAAUAAUUAGCUUAAGGAAUAGGAAGUCAAAAGAUAGAAGAUCAAAGAAACUAAAGGGUACUUUAGCUCCAGAGAAGCCAAGUGCAUUGAAGUCGAACAAGUCUCCGGGAAAUGAGUCUACUGAUUUAGCAAAUGGCAACCAAAAUGAAAAUCUCGCGUCCGUUGAAACUACUGCUGCAACAAGGAUCCAGACUGCAUUCCGGGCUUAUAAGGCUAGAAAAGCUCUACGACGAAUGAAAGGUUUUUCAAAACUGAAGAAUUUAACACAAGGUUACUCUAUUCAAAAGCAAGCCAGUACAACUAUAACAUACCUUCAUUCAUGGAGCAAAAUACAGGGUGAGAUUAGAGCUCGUCGAAUCUGUAUGGUGACAGAAGACAAGAUCAGGCGGAAGAAACAAGAGUCUCAACUAAAACUCGAAGAAAAGCUCCAUGAUUUCGAGGUUGAAUGGUCGGGCGGCCCUGAAACCGCGGAGGAAACCCUUGGUAGGAUACAUCAGAGAGGAGAAGCAGCAGUAAAGCGCGAAAGAGCCAUGGCUUAUGCCUUUUCUCAUCAGUGGAGAGCAAACUCUAGUCAGAGCCAAGUACUAGGCAGUUACGAGCUCGGCAGAGCUAACUGGGGUUGGAGCUGGAAGGAACGCUGGAUCGCCGCGCGUCCAUGGGAAAGCCGUGUAGCUAGCAUUAGCCCGAAGAAAGCUCAAAAUAAACCAUCAUUCAAAGUUCAAAAAGAUAAAAAGACAUCAACAUCUAAAACUCCGGUUUCGGUAACACCUCCUUCCUCCAGUGCAAAAGGGACUCCUCCUCCUCCUAAAGGAAGUACCAAAGCUAGAAGAUUGUCUUUUCCAACCACAGAGAAAGAGAAAACUGUGGUUGAAGGAGGAGUGAAGUGAGUAUUCAACAAUGGUUCCUAAGAAGAAAAGCUUAAUUUUUCAAGUAUAAAGCCUUUUGUAUAAUUUGAGAUCACUUUAUUUAUUCAUUGGAUUGCUUACUAUUUGUGCAUAUUUUGGUGUGAUUUGUUGAUUGAUUCUGUUAUUUUUUUCUUCACAUUUUGGCAAUCUUGUAUAUUCAAAGAAGAGACAGAUUAAAUUGUAGAUAGAACAAUAUCUUUUUUUAUCUUAUAUUAUAAAACUCUUAAAUA